AUGUCGAGGUCCAGGCCGCUCGAAGACAACCACGCCAACGCCAACGCCGACCCUCACCCCGUUCUCCCGCCGCCCGGAACGGUCCCUGGUGACGACGGCACGUUCAUGCACCCGCGCCUCCCGCGUACGCCUAUUCGCAACGCACCGGCUCUCAUUCCCAAGAAGAAGCCCCGCUUUGAGCACCCGCACUCGACUUCGUCGCGCCCCGGCCACCUCGUCAUCUUUGGCGUCAUUAGCGUGGCGACGAGUCGCAGCAGGAACGGCGGCGGUGCCUCUCGACCGUGCUGCUGA